UUACUUCAAAGAAGCAUACAUAUCAGUGUACAGAAGGUGACGAGAUUAAAAUGACGUGCUCAGUGUAUACAGAUAAGAUUGAAGUUACAUGGUACAAAGAUGACCAAGAAUUACCUAAAUGUACAAAUAUUUUGAUAACCAGCAAAGGAAAUCAUCGUACGCUUACAAUCCUGAAAGCAACGGUCCCUGAGACUGGGACAUACUUUGUAAAGGCACAAAAUGCGGAAAUGAAAAUUUCAUUAACAGUGAAAGCUGUAUUCAAACAGCGUUUGGUAGAUAUAACAAUUAUGGAGGGCUUAGAUACUAACCUUGAGUGUGAAACAAUGGAAAAAAGUUGUACGGUUCAAUGGUUUAAGAAUAAUGGAGAGAAAAUUGAUCAACCAGAUAGGAAGACAAUCAAAACUACGCAAGGACGAAUUCAUACGUUAUCAAUAUCAGAAACGAGACGUGAAGACAGCGGAACAUAUAGCAUAAAGAUCAAAGACGUAACGAGUAUUGCUAAAUUAGACGUUAAAGAAAUGCCAGGGACAAUAAAACUGAUGUCAAUGCACGACAGAGAGCAGUUUUUGAGGGCAGCAAAAUCUGGUAUUACAAAACGGUAUAAUGUCAGAGUUAUGAUUGUAGGAGAAAAAUCAGUCGGAAAAACAUGUUUAUUAAGACGAUUAAUGGAUGAAAAUAUUGAGAAUGUUACUAGUACUGAUGGGAUCGAUAUUGAUAGAAGGAAAUGUAAAAUUGACCUGGAGACGGAAGAAUGGCAUUUCCUUUCAGCAGGAGGAGAACCAAAGGGAUCUUCUGAUGACAAUAAACAAUAUGCCGACUGUGGAUUUUGGGAUUUUGCCGGACAAAAAGAAUUCUACGCAACACAUCAGACCUUCCUCAGUGCAAAUGCUGUUUACCUUUUGGUUGUCGAUAUAUCUAAAGAUUUUGCUGCUAAAACAUAUAAUAAGAUGAUUGAAAGAGAAUUCGAUAGUAUUGGAGAAUAUAUUGACUUCUGGUUAGAUAACAUACACUGUUAUAGCAGAGACGAUUCAAAUACAUCAAAACACCACAACGAAAAUAACUUACUUAACCCACCGGUUAUAAUAGUGGGUACUGGGAUCGACAAACUUUCAGAGGUAGAGGGAAAGAAGAAAGAUUUUAAACAUUAUUUGAGCAGAAUCCUAUCUAAUCAUGCAAAACGAAGGCAUCUUCGAAAGCCACAUUUUGUAUCAAAUUCGCAUCCAUCAGAUGAUAAACACGAGUUUAAAAGUCUGCGAGAAGAUAUCUUCCGUCAGGCUAAGGCAUUAACAACUUGGGGAGACAAUCUUCCAACUCGAUGGAUAGUUCUUGAAAAAGAAAUUAAUACGAAGUCACAUGAACAUUACAUUUCGUAUACUGAUGCUGAACGUUUAGCAAAGAGUUGUUCUUUCCAUGAUGACUGUCAGCUGACUGUAGACCUAGACUCUUUCCUUAGGUUUGAACACGAUAUUGGCAACAUUAUAUUUUUUAAGGAUUUGAAAAGUUUUAUUAUAUUAGAUCCUAAAUGGUUGGUGGACAUAUUUAGAUGUUUUGUAUCACAUCAGUAUGCAGAUGAUACGUUAGGUUUUACAGAAUGGACUGCACUUGAAAAAACGGGCGAAUUGGCAGAUAAGUUGAUUGAAAAAUUCCUGGAAAAAGUUCCGGAUCUGAACACACCAGAACUUAAGAAAUUCGCUCUGCAAAUAAUGGAAAAAUUUGAUAUCAUUGUAAGGUCAAUAAACUAUGAAGACAGAAACAAUUUUUAUAUGCCAUGCAUGAUCAAAGCGGAGCCAAUUCACAACAUAAUAGGAAUAUCAGAAUCUCAAAAUGACAGAAGAACCUCGUGGUUUUGUCUAAAGUUUAAUUUUUUACCACCAUCAUACUUCAAUCAUAUAUUAGUAAGUUUUAGGGAAAACAAAGAACUUUUUCAUGAAGAAAAAAAACUGCUACGCAUAUAUCGCAACUUUGGAGAAUUUCGAUUCGAUAAAGAUGGUAAAAAAACACUUCUUAUUUGUCUCUCAAAAAAUGCUAUCGCUAUGCAAGUCAGACAGUCGAAUUGUACCGAAGGUGUUUGUUUUAGUGAUGUCAAAAAGACACUGAUAGAAAUUGUCAAUUCAGUUAAACAACGAUAUGGUAUUAACAUAACGUAUACAAUAAAAUUCAAAUGUUCAGAUGGAAUUUACUUUUGUAAGAGAAUUGAUUUGGAGACUUUAAUGGAAACUGAUGAAUACCAAUGUAGAGAACACAAAAUAAUGCAUUCAAGCAAGGAAAUAUACAGCAGCUGGUUGUCCGAAGAAGAGGUUGAUACACAAAGCAAAAACAAUAUCCAUAGAAGGUGCAACAACUGCAAAAUCAAGUCCGUGUACAAGUGCUUUGAUUGCAAAAUAUUUUUAUGUAAGGACUGUUCCAGAAAACAUAAUGACGAUGAUAAGUAUCUAAGCCACUCAAUGCAUCUUACCAGCGAUAGAUUUAGUUUGACCAGUAAAUUCAAGAUGGAAGAAAAAUGUAUACGUGAUAUAAUAUGUUUACUCAAUGGCGAUAUAGUUGUAGCUUACUCAUCUCAACUGAUGAAAUAUUCUGUCAGUGGGAAACAAAGAGUUGUUAUACAAUUACAAUCAAGCCCAUAUAAAUUGGUUGUAGUUGACAAAAAUAAUGUUGCGGUGUUACUAGAAUACUACACAAUGGCUAUAGUUGAUAUUCAACAAAAACAUAUUACAUAUAUAUCUAACAUUGCAAUACAGAAUGGUUUAGAUUCAUUAACAUACAUAGAAAACCAAUUUUAUGUUGAAGUAGAAUCAGGUAUUGCCGUAUUAGAUAUGUCAGGAAGUGUAAAAAGACGUAUUACACUUAGUUUUACGCCAUAUAUAAUAUGUUACUAUGUUGAUUCAAAACGUAUUUACUGUCUGGAUAGAGACAAUAGUAAGCUUAUUUGUAUAGAUAGAGAUGGUACCAUUGUAUUCACAUGUGCUGUUUCUGAUUCGACAAAUCUACAAGAUCUUACAAUAGAUAAAAAAGGGAAUGUGCUAGCGCUAUAUAGAAAAGGAGAUGAUAAUUCGGCAUACGCUAUCAAGGUAGAUUUCACUGACAAAUCAAGUGAAAUUGAAAUAACAGAUAUCAAAAUGUCAACAUAUCGCUCUUGUAUGUGUUUCAAUCAUUUAACAAAUUCAAUAGUUAUUGCAUCAGAUAAUGAAGUUUACAUUUAUAAGAAAAAAUGAAAGUGUAAUAAAUACAUUUACGUUUUUUUCUGAAAAAAAACCCAAUUCGUAUAAACUUAUAUGUUGUUUGGACUAUAAUGUGUGCAAAACAGAACACAUUACUACACAUUCAUAGUGUGGUUAAAUAUAACUCUUAUUGUUCUGAUAUAUUGUAUAUAUUCUACUUAAAUUAAUGGAUAAUCCUUAAUGAAAUAGUUCCUUUUAAUAAGUGUUGUCACGGUAUAUAAUAUACAUAUUAAUUUGACAACUCUGUGUAGUGUUUUUAUUACUCUUUUAAGUCCCUUUUGGUUAAAAAUUUCUAAAGUAUCUAUGCUUUAUUGUCAUAGUUACUUUUUUGGACUAUUUAAAAAAAUACAGUGUUAUCAAUCAAUUGUUUUUUGUUUUCUUA